ACUUAUUCCCUUCAGAUGUCUCCUCAUGCGUGAUAACAGGUGACGAGGCCCAAAACAUUGCAACCUCUUCACGCGCGCGCACCAGCUACCGAGGCAGCACCACAAUGCCCAUCCAUUGGCGUGCUAAACGAUCAUGGGAUCACCAAAUCCGCCGUAUUCGGGAAAUACUUUGAGAUCGACCACAUCCCAACUUCAGAUCCCAACUUAUGGCAAUACGGGCUUUCGUAUCGAAACCGAACACGUCUUCGGCCCCAUCCCGCUGUCCGGAGUCACCCCACACUUGAUCUUCCAUCUGACACUUCCUCCCCUCCUUUCCCCAUCCUUACCUUCCCGCUCCGAUCGGUAUCUCCAGUAUCCAGUAUCCCAUGUCCGUGUUUGACGUACAUCGCCCUAGUAUAUCGUCCAUCCCAACAAAAAAGGUUCGUACAACUUCGCUCAUCGCCUACGUGAAUAUGCCGCACUCACGGCACCGCAAC